AUGGCUCCCUCUCUUGCUUCAGCUUCUCUCCUUAGCCUCGCUGGUAUCGCUGCCGCGAGUGCCUCUCCCUCCCCACUAGUUGUAUCAUCGCCUGCAAAGGUGCCGACUGGUGCUUCUUGGAGCGUGCCCCAUGAUUUUGCCUCCUUCUCCUUUCCGGCUCACUUCUUCAAGGACUACGCUGGCAACACCACGCACCCUAAUUUCUUUUCCCGGGACAUCUUUGAUCUUCUUUAUUCCAAAACCGGGGCUCACCCUUUCAUCCGAGUAGGUGGUACCUCAACUGACCGGGUUUGGUACAAUGCUUCUCAAAAGAUUGACUCGUACAACUGGUACAACGAGUCAUCCCUAACGGCCGCGUUGGGCAUCGCUGACCGUGUCUACAUCGGGCCCGCGUUCUUUGGGGGCUUUAACAACUUCCCAGGAACACACUGGUCCUGGCAGAUCAACAUGGGCACCGACUACGGCGAAGAGGGCGGCCUCGACAAUGCCAUGGAGGUGGCCAAGCUCGUCAUGGACCGCGUUCAGGAUCGGCUCGAGAGCUUUGAGAUUGGCAACGAACCUGAGUACUUCGUUACACUGGGUGAGCGCCAGGAGAACUACACCAUAGACGAUUACGUUCGAGACUGGAAUAAGUAUGCCGACGCAGCCUCGGAGCGUGUCCUAAAGGGCAACAAGUACAGGCUUGAUGAGACUCGCUUCUUCCAAGGCGGGACCUUCACAAGUGGUCAAGAUGAGGAGUGGAAUGUAGAGAAUGCGUUUGCUCACGGCAUGGACAGCAAGGGCCACGUCAAGACUAUGUCGUACCAUCAGUAUGCUGCCAGUAACCAGGGCUGGGUACGACUGCAGAACUCGUACAUGAACCACACCGCCGUGACAGACAACGUGACGCAGUAUGAGAGCGCGAUUGACUUCUGCCAUUCGUACGAGCCCUUUGUGCCGCUAGUCCUUGGCGAGACCAACAGCAACGCGUACAACCUGAACAUGUCACAGGUCGAGGGCGUCUUCGGCUCCGCCCUGUGGCUAAUCGACCACCUGAUGACAGGCAUGGCCCACAACAUCACACGCUACAACCUCAUCCAGGGCACCACCUUCGGCUACAGUGGCUGGGUCCCCGUCGUCUCGGGCGGCCGCGACCCGUACGUACGCGCCCCUCUGUACGGUCAGAUCUUCGCCGCCGACGUCCUUGGUCACCACCCGGCCGUCCAGGUGCAUAACGUCCCCGGCCUGCCGUGGAACAUGUCCGCCUACGGCGUAUAUGAAUCCGGCCACCUCGUGCGCUACGUUGUCAUCAACUUUGACGAGUGGAACGCAACUACACCCUAUGAGCGCCCCGUGCAGUCGAUCAGGCUGGACGUGCCUCGCGGCGUCGAUAGCGUCAACGUCAGGCGCCUGACUGGCAACGGCGCGAGCGCGGACGAGGGUAUCCAGUGGGCCGGUCAGAGCUGGAACUAUACAGAUGGCAGGCUGGUCGAGAACGGGAAGGAGAUUUGGGAGACUGCCAGAGUGAACAAGGGCGUGGUGCACCUUGACAUUCCGAGCACUGAGGCUAUGAUGGUCUCGCUGGCAUAA